CCACCGCCAAAAAAGCUGGGAAAGUUGCCGUCGAUGCAGCUCUGGAUCCAGAUGUUUACAACAAAAUCUACCAAGGAUUAAAAGAAGGUGCCAAAACCGGAGCCAAGUUUACCUUAAAAACAGGGGUAAAUUUGGUGGCUAACCCCAGCAAAGCUUUACACACGGCCGUGGGAUUAGCCGAACGAGCCGUUAGUUCUAUUCCGCUAAUAGGAAAAGCCCUUAGUUUUGGCUUAGGAACUGCCAAAGAUGCUUUAUUAGACGCUAAACUUGAUACUUUAAGCAAAAAUAUUGAAGGUUUAAAAGAUGGCUUAGAAAACUUAGCCAAUUCGACCACCCAAGCCUUAGACGGUUUACGGGGUGAAAUGGAAGAAGCCUUGGGAGAAUUAGGAGCCCGCCAAGACCAAUUAGAGCAAUUUACCAAGACCUUUCAGGCCGAACAAGAAAAAGUUAACCAGCAAGUUCAAAAAAAUAUUGAAAGCAUUCAAGAAACCUUAAAAGAACACGACAAAAAAAUCCGCGACAAUGCCAAAAAAAUUUUCAAAGAACAAAUUAAAUUAGAAGAUAUUCGCUCGGAACUCAAAGACCAAAUUCGUGUCACCAACACCAAUUUAAAUAAUUUACGCAAAGAACAGGAAGAAACUAAACACGAUUUUGAAAAAUAUAAACACCAAAUUAAUGAAAAAACUGCUAAAACCGAGCAAUCUUUUGAAGACUUACAAGCCGAUUAUACCCGCCGCAAUAGAAUUAUCGAAACCCAAAUUAAAGAUAAUGAAGAACAAUUAGGAGAAUUUCAAGAAAAUUUGGCAAAUGUGGAAUUUCAGCAAAAGAAAUUAAGUCUAGAACACCAAGAAUUUGCCGAAGGUCUGGAAGAACAAAUAAAUUUAUCUUACGAGCAAAGAAAAAGAUUAGAUUUAGUGGUUAAUGAAAUUGAAGAUAUUCAAGAAGAAUUUCAUCAGAAAAUUAAUCGUUUACAACAAUCCCAAUUAGACCAAGACGAAAAAAUUGAUGAGGCUGUAUUUGCGGCCAAAAGAGCCACCCGCAAAGUUGAAGAAAUCUCUGAUAAAUUAGAAAAACAUAAUCAGAGAAUAGAUAAAUUACAAGACAAAAUUGAGAAAAAUAAGCAAGAUAUCCAACAAGCCAAGCACGAAGCCCAACGGGCUAACGAGAGAAUUGAUAAUUUAUUAAAAACGCAAAAAUUACUAGACCACACCAAAGAAAUCCAAGCCCUUAAUAAAAUCCAAAAAACUUUACAACUAAAAGCCGAAGAAGCCCAAUUAUUAGCCAGUUUAGAAUUGUUGAAGAAAACUCAAAAAUUAAUUACUCAAUCGGCUGAACGAGAAUGA